CUAUACGUAACGGAUUUUCAAAUUCAAAUAAUAGGACGGUCCCUCCUGAAGGGUUUGGCAAGCUGAACGAAAAUAUACAGAUACAGCUUGACGGCUCUUUUACUUCACCUAUUAUGAGUUUUACUAAUGACAGCCAUGAUCCUAAACGCGUCGAAGUUACUUAUAAUGACAUGCCUGCAAUUAAUGAUGAACUACUUAUUAAAGAAAAGACGUUUCGACAAUAUGCGAAUUUAUAUUUUAUACGAUUAUUAGGCCUGAGAACUGAUGUAUUAAAUUCCGCACAAAAAAAAUGGGGAUCCAGUUUAGGAUUAAAUGUUAAUAUGGUUAACAAAAUUUUGGACGUAAAGCUUGGUGUGACGUGUUGUAUCGUCGGAACAGUUUAUACGGAAAUGCGUUUCAAACCAAAUAUUCUUGAUGAAGUUACUAAAGAACGAGAAAUUAUAGUAACAGGUUUAAUAAUGGCAGUGUUAGGGAAAGAAAAUUCUGAAGGAAGUUUUGAAGUAUGUGACAUAUGUGUUGCUGGACUUCCAUAUCAGCCACCAAAGCCAAUAAUUACAGAUGAUAAAUAUAUCGCGCUUAUAAGUGGAAUGAAUAUUGGACCAAAUUCUUCAUCAGCAUUGCAAUUACAACUUAUGACAGAAUACCUUACUGGCGAAUUAGGAAAUUCAUUCGUGCAAGAUUAUACAUCAAAAAUAGCUCGAAUGAUAGUUGCUGGUAAUAGUUUGCAGGAAGCAAAAGUAGUUGAAGAUGAGAAGAAAGAAAAAAAGUAUGGGUAUGAUAGCUCAUCAUACAAUGCUCAACCGAUUUUUGAUUUAGACAAUAUCCUUAAUGAAAUUUGUUCAGAAUUACCCGUUGAUUUAAUGCCAGGAAGUAAUGAUCUAGCAAAUACAUUUUUGCCUCAACAACCUUUUAUAUCCAGUUUGUUACCAAAAACUUGUCAGAAUUCGAGUUUUCGCCGCGUUACAAACCCUUAUUGGUGCGGGAUUGACGGUGUUGUGUUCCUCGGUACAUCAGGUCAAACAAUUGAUGACAUUGCUAAAUACGUAGAAGAUGAAGAUAGACUUAAAUUAGCAGAGCAAACGUUACAUUGGAGACAUGUUGCACCGACUACACCAGAUACACUUUGGUGUCAUCCAUUCAGAGAUUACGAUCCUUUUAUAAUGAAGCAAACACCACAUGUAUAUUUUAUCGGCAAUCAAAAAGAAUUUGCUACAACUAUUAUAAAAGGGCCGGAACAACAGUGCGUACGAAUAAUUUUAUUGCCAUCUUUUGCUGAAACUGGGAAUAUUGUUUUAGUAAAUUUGAAAAAUCUUGAAUGUCAUACAAUAUCUUUUUCAUCUACAUUUUAA